GCCUUCCACAGUUGUGGUUAUUUCUCAUAUGAUUAUGAUUUAUGACCAACUUUUUACAAGAAAGGAGGAAAAAAAUUUUCCUUGGAAUCUCUACAGAGUACAAACGCGAGUUACAAUAAUUGAGAUGAUUUACGGCGUAAAUAGGAUCCAUCACAGUCCGGAGGACAUUCAUUUUCCAGAAUAUUCAAUUCAACGAAUCGCAGUCUGCCACGCGGAUUAUAGCUUUUUUUUCUUGGCUUCUCCUUUUCCGCCGGGAAACGCUCCCCACAUAUAUAUACAGUUGGACAGCUCCCCUCAGUUCCUGCAUCAGCAUCUUCCCCGUGAAGCCAAUCCACCUCACAGUCACAGGCGGAAACUUCACAUCCUCCCUUUUUCGGGUUUUUCCUCUCCGACGGAUCUCACUCCUCUAUCUAUCCUCUCAAAUUCGAGAGAGAGAGAGAGAGAGAGAGAGAGAGAUCCCUCCUUGACUCGAAUUCAAUUCCAAACGCGCGCCAUGGAACAGGCCAGGGAGAGUCUGGUCAGGAAAACUUACUUCGCCGACGGCGGCGGCGGAGCAGCCGCCGCCGCCCCCGCCGCCACGAAUCCCAAAUUCUCCCGGAGCAUAUCGCACGCCGCCGACGAGCUGCAGUCCUUCCGCAACUGCCUCCGGUGGAUGUGCCUGGACCAGUCCGAUUUCUGGUCCGCCUCCUUCUCCUGGUCCGUCUUCGUCCUCCUCGCGCUCGUCGUCCCGGCGGUCUCCCACUUCGUCCUCGCCUGCUCCUCCUGCGACAGCACGCACGAGCGGCCCUUCGAUCGAGUCGUCCAGAUCUCGCUCAGCGGCGUCGCCUCGCUCUCCUUCCUCUGCCUGUCGAGGUUCGGCCGCAAGUACGGCCUCCGCAGGUUCCUCUUCUUCGACCGCCUCUGCCACGACAGCGACACCGUCAGGCAAGGAUACACCAUGAAGCUCGAUAGAUCACUGAAGCUGCUGGCGAUCUUCGUCCUCCCCUGUUUCGUGGCAGAAUCGGCGUACAAGAUAUGGUGGUACGGUUCGGGCGCUUCACAGAUCCCCUUCCUAGGCGACGUCCUCCUAAGCGACACCGUCGCUUGCGCAAUGGAGCUCCUCUCGUGGCUCUACCGCACCACCAUAUUCUUCCUCGUCUGCGUCCUCUUCCACCUGAUCUGCCACCUCCAGAUCCUCCGCCUCCAGGACUUCGCCAAGUUCUUCGAGGUCGAUUCGGACAUGGGCGACGUGCUGUACGAGCAUCUCAAGAUCAGGAAGCACCUCAGGAUCAUCAGCCACCGGUACCGCUCCUUCAUGCUCUGCACCUUGAUCAUGGUCACGGGAAGCCAGUUCGCCUCCUUGCUCGCCACCACCAAGACCGGCGCCAUCGUCGAUGUCUACGGUGCUGGAGAACUUGCGGUAUGUAUGCGUCGAUUAAAUGUUAAAGUGCAGCUCUGUUCGAUGACACUUGUGGCGGGUAUACUGAUUCUGCUGCGAAGCGCGACGAAGAUCACCCACAAGGCACAGGCUGUGACGUGCUUGGCUGCUAAGUGGAAUGUUUGCGCCACGCUAGAGCGCUUCGAUGCGACGGAAGGUGAGACUCCCACUGCUGCCAUGGUGGCUGAUGGUGCUGCGGAGUCCGAAACAGAGACCGACGAGGCAGGGGACGAGGAGGACGAGCUAGAUAACUCGAAAAUCAUCCAUGCUUACGCCUACAGCACGCUCUCGUUCCAGAAGCGACAAGCAUUGGUGUCAUACUUCGAGAACAACAGAGCAGGGAUCACAGUUUAUGGGUUCACCCUCGACAGGACGACCCUGCAUUCGAUUUUUGGGUUUGAGCUCGCUCUUGUUCUCUGGUUGCUAGGGAAGACCGUCGGCAUUUCUUAAAGUGUAGAGUUUUUGUCUCUUGUAACUUGAUUAAUUAAGAUGGAUUCUAUGUAUAAUAGGAUCAAUCACCUGUCACAAAUGUCUUGCAAAAUGAUCAAAAUAUGCCAUGAAAUGUGGAUUUGUAAGUAAUUGUAAAAAAUCACAUGUAUAUUUACUAUUGUUCUCUUUAAGAACAUCGGCGAAAGGUAAAUGUUAUUAAUCCCAUUGAUGGGUACAUAAGGUCUAUUUUUCAAGUGGGAGAGAGGAAGGGAGGAAUUGAUAGAUUCGUGUUGUGUGUACAUUUUGAUGCGUGAUUCGACGGUGUGUAAAGAAACAUAAUGCAUUUGUCAAAGGAAAAAAAAAAGACAAGGGACAAGCAGGAAUCACAAUCACGAACAAAAGGACUAGGUGAGGGUGCACACAUGAUAUCAACAAGAGCCGUUGCGAC